AUGCUUUCCUAUUCACUUGGUCUAGCAUUGUACACAUCAGUCGCGCUCGCUCUGCGGGUAGACUCUGUCGGCAACGCCCCGUCCUACCGCUCCCAUCUGAUCGACCUGCACCGAGACCUCGUCUCUAUCAGGUCGACCUCCGGAUUGGAAGAAAAUGUCGGCGCGUUUCUCACCGACUAUUUCCUGGAAAAUGGCUGGAUGUCGAUUCUCCAGGUCGUUCCUCCACGAGACAACACGCCCUCUGGAUCCGACCGGAUGAACGUGGUUGCAUGGCCAGAUUCCGACAAGUCACCCACCCCGAAGGUCCUGCUGACGAGUCACAUCGACACUGUACCGCCUCAUAUUCCGUAUGAUAUCGAAAAUGGAGAGAUCACGAAGCAAACACGUAUCAGUGGUAGGGGAAGUGUUGACGCAAAAGCAAGCGUAGCAUCCAUGAUAGUCGCCCUGGAGCAGCUCCUCGAAGCUGGAGACGUUCAGAGUGACGACGUGAUGUUGCUCUUUGUUGUGGGUGAAGAGGUCUCUGGCGAUGGAAUGAGAUUCUUCAAUACCUCGCUCGAUGGUAUGGAUCCCAAGCCCGAGUUUGAGGCAGUGAUAUUCGGCGAGCCAACAGAGAACAAGCUGGCAUGCGGCCACAAGGGGGCACUUUUUUGCAGUCUCGAUGUACAGGGAAUCGGUGGCCACAGCGGCUACCCUUGGCUUGGCAAGUCAGCCACCGAACUCCUCGUUCGUGCCAUGAAAGAGGUCUUGGAUGCAGACCUUGGUAGCAGCAAAGAGUACGGCAAUACAACCGUCAAUCUCGGCCGUAUUGAGGGAGGUGUAGCGGAGAAUGUUAUCCCUGAGCACGCACACGCUGGCCUUAUGGUACGAGUUGCCCUGGGCCCCAAAGAAAUAGGCGGCAAAGUUGUGCAGGAACGCAUCCAAGCCAUCCUGGACAGUAUCGAUCAGGAAGCAUUCAAUUUGGUCUGCAGCCAGAGCUAUGGAUUUGUCGAAGCUGAAUGCGCAGUUGACGGUUUCGAGUCGAUUGUGGUCAAUUAUGGAACCGACAUGCCAAACCUUGAUGGAGAGUUCACGCGGUAUCUCUAUGGGCCUGGUACCAUCUUUGUCGCUCAUGGUCCACACGAAAACGUUACCGUGGGUGACCUCGAGAGUGCGGUGGAGGGCUACCAGCGGUUGGUCAUGCAUGCCUUGCAUGGCGACUCCGGCGAUUCUGCUCUUUCUCUUGACGAGCUCUGA